CAUCAACCAAAUGUUCUAGGCGUCCAUUGACAAAUUCAUCGACUUUGUCCGUGCAAAUGAACUAGCAUGAUUGGACAACAUACCCGGAAGCUUGCACUACAUGACUCCUCCCCCGCCGGAAUUAUUUCCGCAGCCCAAUAUAGCAAAUGCAGCAAUGUUUACAAAAUGUAAAUCAUGUCUGUAUUCUGACCAUUCUCCUUAUUGUUUCAUCACGUUUCACCAAGAUAUAGCCAAGCAACGCAACCCUCAAUCAACAUGCCACCAAUCACACUUUGGUUCCUCCAAGCUUCACGCUGCAUCCGCACAGCCUGGCUCCUCGAAGAACUCGGGCUUGAAUACAACGUGAAAUCCACCGGCCGCACGCCCGCCGGCAAAGCACCAGACGACUUCAAACGUCAAUCUGGCAACCCGCUGGGCAAAUUCCCCACAAUCCAAGACGGCGACCUCACGAUCGGCGAAAGCGGCGCUAUCACCGAGUAUCUCUGCGAAACCUACGACAAAGCCUCGAAAUACAUCCCCAAAGACCUGGUAACUCGCACCAAAGUGCUGCAAUGGAUCCACGCUUCUGAAGCUACAUUUGCGUUGCAUGGUAUUGCUAUUCUGUACACGCGCUGGAACCUGCCCAAAGAUGUACCAGCAGGAACUCUCGAAGCCAUGGAGAAAGGUCUGUCGGUCAAUGUCCAAAAUGACUUGAACUGGCUCGAGGACGAGCUCUCGAAAUCAAGUGGACGGUUCCUAUGCGGAGAUCAUGUGACGGCAGCCGAUGUCAUGAUGCAGUUCUCGGCGGAGUUCAUCUUGGCGAGGGAGUUGGGCACGCAGGGGAAGAACUGGCCUAAGGUAGAGGAGUGGUUGCAGACUUGCACGAACACGGAAGGCUACAAGAGGGCGGUUGAGAAGACGGGGCAUAAACUGUAGGUUAGAUCACACACUGACAGUGUUGAUGCGUAGUGCAGUUUAUUGAAACGAUGGCCCUUUUCAAAAGGAGUCUCCUGAU